AUGUCGGACGAUCUGAGCGCGUUUUUCGCUAAGAAGAAAGACAAGAAAAAGAAGAAUGUCGUUAAGAUGGAAGAUGUUGGACAUAUUCUCGAGCUCAAAGUAAAACGACAGGAGGAAAAUGACCAGUUACAAAUGGAAAAUGAUCUUCGAAAUGCUGAUGAUGGCGAGUACCAAGUACGUGCACGCGGUAACGGUACAAUUCCUGGACAAACAAGUGGUGAAGAGAGCGAAUGGAUCGAUUACACUGAUACUAACCAAGGACGGUUGGAAGGACUAAAGAUCAAGGAUAUGGGUGCGGAAAGUGGAGAUGUCGCUGAGGAAGACCAUGCGGACGAUGAGGACCUCAAAAUUCAUACAGAGUCGAUUAGGACAUGGGGCCAAGUAGAGAAGAAAGACGAGGAUGAUGAUCAUCAGAAUGAUGAUCACUUUGCGACAUUCAAAACAAAAUCCACAUAUGUGAUUCCUGCUCAGAGAACAAUGACAGGGAUGCGCCACAAUCCUCAGAAGGUGACAGUUUCGACAUAG